GCUGCUCCUGAGACGUGGUGACCAACCACAGGGCUAGUGCUGCUGCUAAGGAAGGAUGACUGCUGUUGUCGCUUUCUAGAACUAUUAUGAGCGGCUUCGGCCGAAACAGGCUCUUAUAUAGGCCAAAUAGCAUGUUUUCAAUUUCAAGGUAUAUGAUUCUGUCGACCGUGCUUGGGAAGCAAUCACAUAACGACCAAUCAGAGAUCGAAUUUUUCGUUUUGACAAGGCUUGACUAUUUUCAAUAGUACAAUAGUGUGAAUAAUAAAAUUACAAUUAUCUUCUUUUGGGAAGAAUCUUAGAAGAUUUUCCAAUCUAUCGCUGCAAGAACGAAGGAAAUCCAUCGAAUAAUAACCGAUUUAUAAGCAUUUGAAAUUGGACAUAUUUUUCACUUUUUUCGGUUUUAGAUUUUCAUUUCACAUCCCUAUGUAGCCGAACUUCCUGAGAGAAGUAUUCUAAUUCAAAAACCGAUACAACAUGGUAAAUGUACUAACAACGCGUGGUCCGGCCGGCGACCACCCGACGAGCCUUCGGUCCUCUUAGUAUACUUUAAGCGUACGAAAUGAAGCCUACUACUCAGUCUCUUACCAGCAGUCAGCUGGACCGGUCGUUUCUUUUCGCUUAUCUUGCAGUUGUGGCCGUUGCGUUCCGCAAGUGUCGUAGUACAUUCCUAACGACAGAGUGUAACCGCAUUAGGCGUGAAGUGCGGUACGAGAUUUCGAUUUCGGCGAAUAGCGGCUCAAAGCGUGUGAAAAUUGAAGAAGGAAAAAAAGCCGAUUCGCACAUCGGAGCAUCGACGUAGCGAAACACCGUCAAGAGUGGAACAUCAACGACGCACGCAUCGGAAAAGUUAUGCAGGCGGAAAAAUGUACACAAUGAUCAGGUUGCUAAUAUUGUCACUGUUGUGCAUCGGGACUCAUUCGAGCUAUGCACUGCCACCGUCCACGUUUGGCGAAGCGCUAGCAAGCGCCGGCGAGUUGUCCAACAAGUUGAAGGAAACAACCGCAUGGAAAACCUUUACCGGCAUCGCACGCGAGUCGGAUUCAAUCAACUCGCUGGUGCGAAUCAUCCCCCAAACCACGAUGGGAUUCGUGCGGGAAGUGGUCAACUCGUUCCGGCAACAAAGAGAAACUAAGGCGAUCGUGGUGACGCGGGCCGGUGCCGUCCAGGGUCGCAUCCAGCGAGUGAAAGGAAGCACUAAGGGUGAAUUCUACGCCUUUAAGGGUAUCCGAUAUGGACAGGCACCGGUUGGAAAGCUGCGCUUCAAAGCACCCCUACCGGAGCAGCCAUGGAAGGGCAUCCGGAACGCCAUGCGGGAAGGAUCGGUUUGUCCCCACAAAAGUGUAAUUCUCGACAACUUCAAAGGCACUGAGGAUUGCUUGUUCAUCAACGUUUACACACCUGAUUUGCCAGCUGAAAACUAUGUCCCAAACUUUCCUGUAAUGGUUUGGAUCCAUGGAGGAGCUUUCUCGUUCGGAUCAGGUAAUGCAUUCCUCUACGGUCCGGAUUAUCUCGUGCCGGAAGGUGUUGUUUUAGUAUCGUUUAACUAUCGACUGGGUCCGUUGGGCUUUUUAAGUGUUGGCAAGGAUGCGCCUGGUAAUGCUGGUAUAAAGGAUCAAAUACUAGCGCUCAAGUGGGUUCAGGAAAACAUAGCCGCCUUCGGUGGCGAUCCAAACAGUGUCACCAUAUUCGGUCAAUCGGCCGGUUCGGUUUCUACGCAUAUGCUGAUGAUGUCGCCGCUGGCCAAGGGACUAUUCCACAGAGCAAUCGCACAGAGUGGAACAGCGUUGAAUCCAUGGGCAAUCUCAAGAACACCCAAAGAACGUGGUUUUCUGCUGGGACAACAGUUGGGUUGUCACACGAACAGUACGGACGAACUAUUAAGUUGCCUGCGCAAAGCUAGCCCGCAGAAGAUUGUCAAUGCUGCUGGCAAAACUAUUACACAACAAGAUGUAAAACGAAGCAUCGGUUUGCCGUUCGUGCCGUCGAUUGAAAAUUGGACCGGUGACGAUGCAUCCAACGAGGCUCCAGUGAUUUCCGAUGAACCGAUGAUGAUCAUGAAACGGGGCUCCUAUAACCACGUGCCACUCAUUGCAGGCUUCAAUUCACACGAAGCUAUGCUGUUCAUGAGGAGAUUACGCAGAGAUCCAAAUUUGUUGAAAAAUAUUGACGAAGAUUUUCAGCGGCUGAUUCCUACGGAUUUACACGUCAAUCGAGACACUAAUAAUGGGGCCUUAAUCGCCCAAGAUAUGCGAAAUUUUUACCUCAACGGAGAGCACAUCGGCAAUACAUCAAUUCAGGACAUGAUGAACCUUAUGUCCGAUGCGAUGUUUCUGCAUGGCAUAACCGACUUCGCUCGGCUACACGCCACCAGCGAUGAACGGGACUCGACCUGGCUGUACAGAUUCGCUUACGAUGGCGCACUCGGUAUCUACAAGCGGAUACUGGGAAUCGAUUGGCCCGGUGCAUGCCACGGAGACGAGCUGGGCUAUCUGUUCCGCUUCGGGGUGCUUAAUAUCCGGCUGGAUAAUACGUCGACGGAGUUGCAGAUAAUGUCCAAGAUGACUAGGAUGUGGACGAACUUUGCAAAAUACAGCAAUCCCACACCCUACGGUCCUGAGGAUACUUUGCUGGGCGUACGCUGGCCUAGCGUAAUACCACACACCAUGACAGAACUUCCGUAUUUGGAUAUCACAUCCGAGUUAACACCUCGUAGCAAUCCCGAAGCGGAACGCCUUCGCUUUUGGGAUACAAAAUACGCAAAGUACAAUGGGGACAUAUUUUAGUUUCUCCUCUCAUAGUGAACGGGUGCUUACAUUUUCCGAAUAGGAAUAUAUUAACUACCGGAAUAAUCGCUAACUUCCCGUUAGCUUAAAGUAUUUCGUUUGUGUAUUAGGUUUUUUAUGUGCAUGAUCUUGUACCAGAUCUACUCGCAAAUCAGACCGAUUAGAUUAGCGAGCGUGUAGAUGCCAUUUUAGUGAUCGACCAAUCAGGUACGGUUCCCAGUGAGUGACGGCUGUAGAAAAGCAUACGUUCGUAUAGGAAUAGAUAGAACAAACCAACUGACUGACUGACUAUGACACUAGCAAAUAAACCAACUAACUAAAA